UAAAAUAAAAAUAAACCAGUGGUGGCAGCAUGGUUCCAUUUUUAUUACUUGUCACUAUGCCUGUCACUUUCGCACUUACUUGUUAGAACGUGACAGGCAUGGUGACAGGGAAUAAAAAUGCGACAGUGCUACAGCCGCGGGGGUGUUAGUUCCAAUCCCGACAAGUGAUUAUUUGUUACUAAGAGUUACACAUUUUGAAAUAACGUGAAAUUUGAUAGGAGCAUCUUUUUGGCAGCGGUGUGUCUGAAGUAUCUUCCAUCCGCAUUUGAUCUUGCUUGGGGACAUUAGUGAACCUUAAUUUGUGAGAUAAGGCCUAUGUGAUUGUGAUCAUUAAUUUCAAACGAUUAUUUUUUGAAAUACCAACAGAGUUCAAUAAAAAAAAAAGUAUAUGAAUAUGACUACUAAAUUCUAUAAAAACAAAGAAAUUAACUCAAUCGAAAAAUAUGCUUUACGCUUGAUCAAUUUGGGAAUAAAAAAUGUUAUCACAUCAUAAAAUUACUCCCUUGUUCAGGCAUUAUGAAAUGAUUAACUCGUUUAUAUCGUAGAAAAUUUUACUUCAUUUUUUUGCAACACCUACUCAUUUUGAUUGUUUUGUUUCCUCUAGUAAAUAGUAUUCUAUAUAUCUAAUUAAAGUAUUUUUAAGCAUCCUACAGCAUUAUAUGGUGUCAAGUGAAAAAUUCUAGAAAUAUCACUCGAGCCCAUUGAAAAGAAUCCGAAAAGCAGCUGAAAAAAUAUUGGAAAAGUUUAUUUACUAACAAGUGUCCGAGACAUGUUGUGCGGGAAAACGGCGUAGAUGCGUUUCAUGGCAGUCUUAUGCGGGAGAUAGCAGCGGCACGACGUGUCGCAUCCGUUCGGUUCCUACUGUUCGCGGAAAAAAGUUUGUACUGUGUUGACUAUAUCUGGGAAUUUGCGAGUGACAAAAAGUCACUAAAAAGUGACUUAAAGUUUGUGAAAAGAAUUGUAGAAUUGGAAACUUCAAUCACGAGUGGAGGAAGAUUGGCAGAAAAAAAACUAACGCAUGACGAAACAUGGGGAGUUUAGGCAACAAUAUCACAUUAUAUGACGAUAACAACCCGAGAUUCCCAGGAUCAGAAAUUUUACCUGCAUUUGAGAUAUGGCCUAUAGAUAAAUGCAUCAGAUUGGCAAUAAUAGAUAAUAGCAUAGAACCAACAAAUCUUACUCAAAGUGAGUUUUUAUACAACGAUACUCGUCUAAGAUGUUGGGAGCACUCACCAGUGUUGAAAAAUGGGACAUUAAUAAGAGGUAGCGUGCUUUCAGUGAUAGCAGUAUUAUCGUUUUUCGGGAAUAUAGCAACGAUAAUAAGUAUAAGAAGAGGCAAGCGGAGCAGAGGGCGGGCGAGGCCGUCUUGGACGGCGAUAUACAGUCUAAUAUUUCAGCUGAGCAUCGCUGAUUUGCUCGUUACAGUAUUUUGUAUUGGAGGGGAAGCCGCCUGGAUGUUUACCGUGCAGUGGUACGCUGGCAAUGUGGGAUGCAAGUUAUUUAAGUUUGUGCAAAUGUUCUCACUAUAUUUGAGUACAUACAUAUUGGUGUUGAUUGGGGUCGAUCGGUGGCUGGCUGUUAAAUACCCUAUGAAGAGUAUUGGCACGGCAACGAGAAGUGGACGACUAGUCAUUAUGGCUUGGAUUUUAAGUUUUGGAUUGAGUAUCCCACAGACGAUAGUGUUUCAAGUAGCAAAAGGCCCUUUUGUUGAGGAGUUCUACCAAUGUGUCACGCACGGAGUUUACUCAGCGAAGUGGCAAGAGCAAUUGUAUACAACGCUGUCUUUGGUUUUUAUGUUCGUUUUGCCACUCCUGAUCCUUGUGUCGACCUACGUGUCUACUGUUCGGACUAUUGCGCAAAGCGAAAAAGUUUUCAAACCAGAAGUGUUAAGACACGAAAAGUACCUCACGCCAGACAUGAACAGACGGAGGCUCAUCGACCGCGCCAAGAUGAAAUCUUUGCGGAUGUCCGUCGUCAUCGUGGCGGCGUUUCUGAUAUGGUGGACGCCGUAUUACGUCAUGAUGGUUAUAUUCACAUUUCUUGAUCCUGACAAGAAUCUAAGUGAGGACCUCUUGAGUGGAAUUUUCUUCUUCGGGAUGUCGAACAGCCUGGUGAAUCCGGUUAUAUACGGCGCUUUCCAUCUGUGGCCCCGGAAGAAGCCCUCACACAGACAUAGCGACAGAGAUUCUGGUGGACAUCAUGCGUCUCUCCUCAGACGUGGAGACAACACAUCAUCCGUGAGAUUAACUACAAUCAGGUCUAUAAGAUCUUCAGGCAAAUACACCAACGGAAACAAUGUUAGCAUAUUAUAACUACGUAGAGGCACUAAAAAUACCCAAUUGUAAAAAGAACUUUGACUUAGCUUUAAUGUUCAGUAAAUACUAUAAUUAGAUCUAAAUCUAAUAUAUGUGUUGUGUUAUUUUCAUUUUGUCAAUGUUAACGGUAUUUUUUACUACUUAAGUCUGUGUUAAAUUCUGUUAUAUUAUAAGCGUUUAAACUUGCAAUGUAUGCUAUUCAAUUUUAACUAAAAAUAAUCACUUUCAUAUGAGUACGAUGUAAUAUAAAGCCUAAAAUUAAACAUCGUUAAUGGUUAUAUUUUAAUAACGACAGCAUUGUAUUUUUACCGUCUGCAUUAUUGCAGGUAAUAGUCAAAAAUAAAUCAAAGACAAAUCUUAUUUAAUAACAAUGUGUGGAUAAAAUGUCAUUUUGCAAUUAAAAUGUAAAUUUAAGUUGUUCGACUGAGUUUGGUAAACAUGUCGACGGCUGGUUGCGGUACAGUAAUCCCCUAGUGAAUCCCUAGUUUAAUUUUAUUACUUCACGAAAGCAUGUGCUGCUAAAUGUUUAUUCAAAUCAAUUUGUCUAAAAUGUAAUAUGUCUUGUACAAAUACAAACACAAUUUAAGCCGCUUCUAGCAGGAUACUUGAUUGCAUUAAAUCUUAAGAAAUGCGCUUUAUUUACUUUUGAACUAAGCUCAAAAUAAAACAAACGAGAGGACUUUUAAUACUGCUCCUGUUGUUUGCUUGAUAGUUUCACAAGAAUUAUCUACUUCGAAUUAAACUGUGUGGCGCGCGAGUGACUCAAGACACGUUCCUUGUGGGUUUAAGCUGUAAUAAUAGUUUGAUUAUCUACUUGUGAAAUUUCCUCGUCCUUGAUUUAUAUUACGAAAUGAUUACUUGUAAAAUUUUUGUUCCUCUAUCUAGGUAAACCUAUGUCUGAGCAAAGCUAGUACUGCUUCAAUCUUUAUUAAAUUUGUAAUGUAAUCAUAGGAGUACUGACCAGUAAACAAAAUAAAAACCCCAUAGAUGAAAAAAAGUAUUAUUACAGUCAGCAUCAAAAGUAGCGGAUGAAACAACGCGCUAAAAGUAUCUGAUAUUCCGGAUAACUUUUCCAAAUAUAGAUAAAUUUCUAGAAUUACGUGCAAAAGUAUAUCUUUUACAGUCUAUUAAUUAAAAUAAAGCGUUAUUUGAUCCGCUACAUUUGAUGCUGACUGUUCUACCGGAACUUGAUGCCGGAAUUAUACGCCAAUUUAUUUACCUCACGAUGCAUAAAUCACUGUACUAGGAAGCGUAUUUUAUCAGUGUCAAAAGCGACGUCUCUAACAAAUUAUAUCCAAAACAAAUCCAGAUCAAAUUCAGAACACGCCUCUGGAUUAUUAUUAAACAAGUAAUCGAAUUAAAACUGUCGUGAGACAUACUAAUCCGUAGAAUUGGAUUAAACAAGUAUGAAAAUGUUCCCUUUUAACAUCGACUAAUUAAUGUUUUUAUUUUAUUCCUAAAGAAAUAGAAAGUAUUUUUAAUGCAUUUAGCUUUGAAAUAAACUGUUAGAUAUUACGGGUCAUAACUCAAAUAAACUAAAUGUAAAUGUAGAAACUUAAGAAAAUGCUCUGUUAAGCUAAACAUUAAGAAAAUAUGAUUAUAUCUAAAUACUUCUUAGUUAUCUAAGUAGAUUUAAGUGUGAAUAGCAUAAAAUAAAUGACUACUUAUAGAAACUACAUGGCAAUGUGUGUAUAAUGUAAGGGCAACUUGCGCGAGCCAGGGUUACCCACUAACUUGGAGCUAACCGGUUAAACCUGGAGUAAACAGUAGGUUAAAUUGUAAUUCUAGAAUUAACUCAGAGGGAGUUGGCUAACCCUGGAUCACGCAAGUGUUUUUACUUCCUUGAAAAAUGUGUUAAUAUUAUAAUAAAAUUGCUGUCGUAAAUGAACUGUAUAGGUACAGUCAACAUCAAAUAGACAGUGGCAGACAAAAUAGCCAAAAAUGUCGUAAAUCGUAAUACAAUUUUCUUAUAAUAGAAUUAGGACGUGUUCCAGCGUACACGUUCUAUUUUUUAUUUCUUUUAAUUAAAAACAUAAGUGUGCCAUAAUGUACGUACGUAAAUAUAUAAGAAAAUACCAUCAUCUAGCUUUGCCCAGGAAUCACCCGCGUGAGAUUCAAUGUGUAAUUUUCUUUCCAUGAAGAUGGCUUUGGCUGGCUAAAAACAUUUUUUCCUAGGUAUGCUUUAAUAUCAGCCUAAUAUUCAUUUCCAGGGCAAACAGCUUUCCAAAUACCAUAUUACAUCAACAUCGGUUCAGAAAUCUAGUCAUGAAAAAGUAAUAUACAAGAUGACAAAAACAGCAUUUAUUUUGUAGUAUCGUAAUUAGGUAACAUUUGGAUUUGGAUGUUAACUGCAGCUGCAUUACGGUUGCGACAUUACUGCAUAGACGUUGAUACCACCGCUGUGUCUGUCAAUUUUCUUGAUAAAUUGAGUGACGGAUUGAGCGUUAUAAUCGCGGUAGUAAUUCCGCGCCGAACGUUUCGGUAAACGUGCAUUAAUAAGCAUUUAUUUACAUAAAUAGAUGUAGUGGUUUUACAAUCAUUGUACAAAUACUAAACUAAAUUAAUAACUAACUUAAAUCUAAAAUAGGCCCUUGAAGCAUUGUACUUGCAAGGAGCAUUUCCUUGCUGUAUCGCAAUGCUGAUACGUUGUACUUGGAAGCCGCCGCCUCUUCGGUCACGUAAAAUUUUCUUGUAAAAUUGCCUUGUGCGGUGCCGUGUUACUACCGCAAUUGGAACUAUCAAUCCGUCAUUAAUUUUAUCAAGAAAAUUUACAGUGACAUUGCCCACAUCAACGUGGUAGCAGUAACGUUGUACCAGUAAAGCUGCUGCAGUCUUCAUUUACCUUUACCCUGAAUAUGUAGUAAUGACCAAUAAUUGUAUCCAUACCCAGCUAACGUCCUUAUUUGUCGCUUGCCAUAAGGACUAGAUUUGCUUGUAUGUUCAUACGAAUUACCUGUCAAAGCGUCCUUAUGGCAAGCGACAAAGUGCGACGUUUUGCUGGCCGUGAGCAUUGGUUUUGCCCCUUGGGUGCAGCUUUAAAGCGUAUAAAAACAAUAAGUCAAACGAUUAGAGUAUUUGUACGAAAUAUUUGUAUGACAUAAGUUAUAAGAGAAGUAAAGUUUUUAAAAUCAA